AUGGGCAGCCCUGCUCAAGGCCCUCUUCCUGAGCCUGGACCGGUAGUGAAAGAGGAGGAGACACUGGUCAGGUUCACUGGAUGGCCAAACGAACGACUCUCGAUUCCCCUCAUACUACGAGCUCCUACCCUCGUGCUUGCAUCCUUCGCCUGUGGUUUCAGCCUGGGAGCGUCACAAGGCGCUACAAAAGGCGCAUAUCGUUAUCGAGCAGAGAAUGCACACCGUCUACCCACGACCCAAACAGGCUGGUUCCUCUAUCAAAAGUCCAAGAACUACCAUGCCAUGCUCGGCGGCAUCAAAGAAGGCGCGAAAUUUGGGUCUGUCUGCACGGGCUGGGCGACACUGUUUAUGGCCACAGAAGAGAUGGUUGAUCUUUCGCGAGCUCGGCUGUUUGCACGCGGAGACGAUGAUGUCGCCACUGGCCAGAGAGACUUUGGAAGCACGGUCAUUGCUGGGAUGACAGUGGCUGGCAUCUACAGCUGGAAGAGAGGGCUCGAUCACUUCGCGGCCGCAGGGAUUGCCAGAAGCGCGCUCAGAUUGUCGCUGGCUUACGGUGUAAUACAAGAUCUGGCUGCUUCUCUGAGGGGCAAUCCCCCUGCAUACAUCCUGUGGUUGAGGAAAAAGGUUACGAAAUGA